CCACGAUUGACUCGUGUGAUAACACUCCUUCAGAAAAGAGAAAAUAUAUCCUCUUCACUCCUAUCAUUCAUCCAUUGGAUAGUCCCAACAACUCUUCUUAACAGCGCCAUCAUGAAGUACACCGCUGCUUUCGGAGCUCUCCUCGGUUUGGCCACCAUGGCCCAGGCACACAUGGAGAUGAUCUGGCCCCCUCCCCUCCGGUCCAAGUACAACCCCCACUCCACCAACAUCGACUACACCAUGAACAGCCCGCUGGAGCCGGAUGGCAGCAACUUCCCCUGCAAGGGCCACCACAGCGUGCUCAGCACAGCGCAGGGCAAACCCGUGGUCGAGUGGCAGGCCGGCCAAACCUAUAACUUCACCGUCACAGGCACCGCCACCCACGGGGGCGGCAGCUGCCAGGCCUCCCUCUCCUACGACGGCGGUAAGACCUGGACGGUCAUCCACUCCUAUAUCGGGAACUGCCCGCUCACGCCGACGUGGGAGUUCGCCCUGCCGCCCGACACCCAGGCCGGCGAGGCCCUCUUCGCCUGGUCCUGGUUCAACCAGAUCGGAAACCGGGAGAUGUACAUGAACUGCGCCCCCGUCACCAUCCGCGGGAGUGCCAACAAGCGCGCCCCCGACGGUGGUCGGAAGUUGAGCCAGCGCCCGGCCAUGUUCGUCGCCAACGUCGCCAACGGCUGCGAGACCCUCGAGGGGGCGGAUCUUGAGUUCCCCGAACCCGGCCCGGACGUCUCCAAGAACACUUACAGGACUACUGGUCCCGUGGGCAACUGCGGCUCUUACAAGAAGCGCUCUGCCAGGACGUUCCGCUCAUGA